AUGCAUGACGAUGAUUGCGUUUCUAAUUUUGCCUUCAGCACCGAUGAAGACUCACAAGUCUUCCAUCAUCAGUGGUAUGCCCAGGGAAAGCUGCAUGAUUGUCCCACCUGCUACAGUCGCAUCACUGCAGAUGAGCCACCCAGCCAGCACUGGCUCAGGGAUGGAAAGAAGACUGGGCAGCUGCAGCUAACCCGACAGCAACAGGCAGUGCUGGAUAUAAUCGAGUCACGCCAAAUCGAGACCUUCUUCUUCUGUGACGAGAGUGCAAAGGACAAGCUGGAGCAUUUCAUUGGGGAGACUUGCACGCAAAGUGUUCCCGAGCUGCUACGCUGGAUGUUUCACAAUCGCACGCUACGCAUUGAGUUCAAUGUGGCUUGCUACGUGAAUAUCAUUAAUCAGGACCAGGUUUUAAUUUUCCAAAGUGGUACACUGGGCGUCGAGCAUCAUUACGACGUUGACGAGUGCGUUACUGUGAUCUACGAGUUGUUAAUGGAGCGCAUACAAAACUAUUUGAGCUGCAGUUAUGACGUUGAUCUGGAGAAUUGCAGCAUUACGCGCAUACGGGUGCAGGUAAAACGAGUGCAGCGCAAUGCCAGCGAGGAUGGCGAGUUGAACGCCUCGUCACAAUUGAUGGCUCUGCCGCUGCAGCUGCAUCAUCAAUCAGCAUGUCGCUCCUCCUCUAAUAGCAGCAGCGAAGAGGAGUUGUCCAGCCUUCAUGCGGCUUAUGUCAAGUGCGAACGCGAGUGUCAUGGCUACUUUCCGCCCAAUAUGCGUGUCAAUCUCUAUGGUAUACAGCAGUGCCAGACCACUAAAGAGUUGUUUGUGGUGCCGUAUCAUAUCAGCGAGACGUUGCAGAAGCUGCCCAACAAGAAUUUCCUCAUCCUAAACGAUGUAAUGGGCCAGUUUCAACGCCUACACAGACUAGACGCUCCCCUGAUAGCGACGCCGACGCCGCGUUCCACUAAACUGGAAUGUCGACGCUGUCGCACGCAUUUCAAAAGACGUAGUCGCCUGCUCAUACAUCAACAGCUCCGUUGUGGGCAGGAUUUCAGUGUGGACAGCAUGCAUGCGGACAUUGUGGAGGUCUACGAGCAGUGUCUGCCCAUUUCGCGCAGCGUUUUUCAAUACGCCUGCUAUGGCAUAACAAAGCCCAAAACAAUAAUGCGCAAGGGUCAGUUUGUGCCCAUCGAGUGCGAUUGGCGCAGCGAGAGUUCCGUUAAAGUGCAGCAUGGUCCUUGCGUGGUCAUAAGCAGUGCAUACAAUAGUAGUCCUUGUAAAUAUUGUUGA